GGCAUCACGCCGCGCGCGAUCCACGCGCUCUUCGACGAGGCGCAGAAGAUGGCCCACCAGUGCACGGUGACCGUGCGCACCUACUUCCUCGAGCUCUACAACGACGGUUUGGUGGACCUCUACCACGUCCUCGACAACCCGGGCAGCCGCGCGGCGCCGCCGAAGCUCGACGUCAAGCUCGACGCGAAGAAGAUGGUCUUCGUCAAGAACGCCGUCGUCAAGGACGCGGCCUCCGCCGACGAGCUGCUGAACCUCUUCGAGGCGGGCAACGCGAAGCGGCACGUCGGGGCCACGAAGAUGAACGCGGAGUCGUCGCGGUCCCACUCCAUCUUCGCGAUCUUGGUCGAGGUCUACAACCGGACGACCAAAAAAACGUCCGUGGGCAAGCUGAGCCUCGUGGAUCUGGCGGGCAGCGAGCGCGCGGACAAGACGGGCGCGACGGACGAGCGGCUCAAGGAGGCGCAGAACAUCAACAAGUCGCUGAGCGCGCUCGGCGACGUGAUCUCCGCGCUGUCCACGGGCGAGAAGUUCAUCCCCUACCGCAACAACAAGCUCACGCUCGUCAUGCAGGAUUCCCUGGGCGGCAACGCGAAGACGCUCAUGUUCGUCAACAUCUCGCCCGCGGACUACAACGCGGACGAGACCGUGACGUCGCUGACCUACGCGUCCCGCGUCAAGCUCAUCAAGAACACGGCGAACAAGAACGCGGAGUCCGAGGAGGUCGCCCAGCUCAAGGCCAUCAUCAAGAACCUCAAGGCCGGCGGCACGGGCGAGGUCGCGGGCGCCGACGUCCUCCUCUAA